GACAGCUGCCAUCUUUGCUCAUUCCUCAACAACAUGGCGGACACUCAUCGAGAAUCAUGGCGAGACCAUAUCUGGCUCUUUGUGGCUUGUGGGAUCAUGACCAUGUCCCCGUUUCAAUAUGGGAUUGAUUUUGGGAUGAUUGGAGGGCUACAAGCUAUGCCGGGUUUUCUCCAGGUCUAUGGCUACCGCGUGCCAAUAUCUGUCUCCCCAACUGGAUGGAAUCUGUCUCCAGAGCGACAACAGCUGAUCUCGUCUCUAAUGACUCUGGGCGCUUUCGCUUCUGCUACCGCUGCUGGCGUGUUUGCGAACACGCUUGGUCGCAGACACUGUCUGUUGAUCGCCUGCGUCACUUGCUGCAUAGCGAACGUAAUCAUGAUGGCCACCACCGAUAUUAUCGCACUUUACUUCGGACGCUUAAUUAUCGGAUUCGCCAAUGGAUUCUUCAUGACCUUCAGUCAGCUGUAUAUCCAGGAAAGCAGUACUGCGAAAUAUCGCGGAUGGUUCCUCACUGUCUUCCAGUUCUUCACUUCCUUUGGCACGCUUAUUGGAACAAUCGUCGACUGGGCUACGUCAACGAGACCCGACAAAAGCGCAUAUUUGAUUCCACUGGGUUUGAUUUAUAUCAUUCCCUUCUUCCUCGCCAUCGCUAUGUUCUUCGUCCCCGAAUCACCUCGAUGGCUCAUUUUGCAAGGCCGACAAGAAGAAGGGAUAAAAGCGCUGGAGUGGAUGAGACCGAAAGGAUUCGAUUCCGCAGCUGAGGCUGCCGAGAUCAAGGCUGCGAUUGACAAAGAGAGAGAGCUCAAGUCUGGAGUGGGCUGGCUCGAUAUGUUUAGAGAUCCUAUAAACAGAAGGCGCACAAUUCUUGCAGUCUGUGCUAUUACAUUGCAAGCAGCAUCAGGGUCCAUGUUUAUCAUAGCAUUCAAAGCUUACUUCCUCCAAAUGAGCCGCGUAAACAACCCAUUCGCAAUGUCCAACGUCCUCUCCACAAUCGGCAUAAUCGCCAUCCUAGCCAACACGCUCAUAAUCGUCAAAUUCGGCCGUCGCCGCGUCCUCCUCAUGACCGGCCUCCUCCUCUGCGGCAUCCUCCAACUCAUCAUCGCGCUCGUCUAUCUCAAAAAUCCGGGAACCAAGCAAACAGGCAUGAUCAUCGUCGCUUUGUCCUGCAUCUACAUGUUCUCCUACAACGGCAUGAUAGCGCCCUACGCCUGGCUCUCCGGCGGUGAGAUCCCAACACAGCGGCUCCGCUCGCAUACGUUCGGGCUCGCGGCUGCUGUUGGUUUCGCGGGGGCUUGGUUGACGACGUUCACGGCGCCGUAUUUCAUCAACCCGCAAGCGCUUGGUUGGGGGCCCAAGUACGGGUUCAUCUGGUUUCCGUCAUGCGUUAUUGCUGCGGCGUGGGUCUGGUUCUUCCUUCCCGAGGUCAAGAAUCGCACGCUGGAGGAGAUUGACGAAAUGUUCGCGGCGAAGCUUGCGCCGAGGAAGUUCAGGAAGUACCAGUGCGUUGGUGUGUUUGUGGAGCCGGAGAACCGGAAGAGUAUUGAAGAGGAAAAGGAUAUUGAGGUUUUGAGGAAUGAGAAGGUUCAGACGGAGACUGCUAUUACGAAAGAGUGA